AGCUGCCGUUGCUGCAAUUCUCGCAUUAAUCCUCGCCGCGUAUAUCUCGUCGACCCGCGCUUUUUUCAACUCCUGAACUUAGACUUGCGCGCGACUCUGCGAUAUGUGUAUGAGUAUAUAUACGUUCGUUAUAAGCAUGUAAGAUGUAAGGGUAUACGGAGAAAUUUCCCGAUUAUGACGUAUUAAUAAGACGGAAGCGGUCGAAUGUGCGUUGAGGGAUUUGUAUACAGAUAUAUACAGCGCGAGUAUAAGAAGCUGCGAGGGAGAGAGAGGUGGGGUUGAGGUUUCUCUCUUCUUGGUAGCCGAGGGCGUGGUCCUUAUCUUGCCGCCUUUUUCGCCGUGGAGCCUUAAGAUACGACUACCGAUGGAUGUAUAUCUGUAUACAUGCCCCGCAAGUCGAGCUUUCUAAUGAGAAAAGGGUUUUCGGCGAGCUUUGUGUGCAGGGCGAUACCCUCUCCGCGCAUAUUUUUUUUUUUCUUCCGCAUAGAGAAUCAUAAUAGCCCUGCAUACGCUCGCCUGCGUUUGAAAUUUCCUCGACGCUUUGGACUUUCGAAAGUUCCGCGCGCGCAUAAAGAAUAUUCCUCGAAAAUUGAAGUUGAAAGUCGCGCGGAAAUAGAAAAGAGACGUCGGAUUAGUUGGAAAAACUUUGCUCAGAGCGCGGCGCAAAGUAGCCCCUUUACCGGGAACAAUCACUUCUGGCAUAUCAGCUCGAAGGGAAUUCGAAAAGAGAGAGCGGAACUGUUUUCCGUCUUCAGCUCUCGCCGCGAACAAUUAAAGCUCUCUUGACUCUCGUUAAACAACGCUUCGAUCAGUCAUCGAGUCCCGAGAAAACGACGCCGGUGCAUUAAUGAGGCGCCAGUAAUAGCCGUGUCGUUACUUACGCCUUCUUCUCCGAGCGCACUUGGCGCUUCUUAUGUGUGUGUGUGUGUGUGCGUGCUUGCGGUUUCGAGAGCCGCGCGAGCUUUUCAGUACAGCCGUUCCGAUCGUCAGAGCUGCGCGUUAGGAUGGGAUGUGCCGUUGUUCCGCGAGGGCUUUUCGGAUUCUCCGAUGUGUCUGUUGUAAUAACAGUGAGCCAUGUGCUACUUGGAAGAAUAUAUUAGUGACUGUGCUUUCAAGCUCUGACCUGUAUGAUCGCAAUAUAAGUGUUACAAAACGCGCGUACGGGAAUAAAAAAAAAAAGAAAGAUCACUCUCGUAAACUUGCCAUAGAAGAUUGAGCAUCAAGAACAAAGCGAUCAAGCUCUGUAAUUCGCAAGGGCCGAGAUAAUCGACUCGCGCGGCGCGGUUAAACUCGAAUUCCCCGAAAGAAGAACAAGGCUCGCGUUCCUCGGAGCUAUAAAUAUUUUAUCCCCCGCAGCGGCUCGUACUAUCCAGCGGGCUUUUUCACGACGUGUACUUCAUUAUCAUGAGCGGCAGCGGCUCCUCGCGGAUCCUCGUUUUUCUUCUUCUCCUCCGACUACUGCACUCGUCUCGGGCUCGAAUAAUCGACAAGUGCUGUCGCAACGGCGACGUUCUCGUCCUGACCGAUGACGCCUCGAAUUUACUCCGGUGUCUUCCUCAGCUGCGAGAGGACGGCAUGUCGUUCUACAGCGUCGAGACGAGCCACUCGGUGGGUCUGCCCAACUGCACGAGUCACUACGUCCUCCGCCUGCCCGAAGACGAGCCUCGUACUAUCCCCUCGACAUCCUGCCUGGACGUCUUCUUCGACAGGUCGACGCUCCAGGACGUCCCGGUAAUCGUCCUCUGCGCUAACUCGGAAGCCCGGCCGGCUACGAGUGUCCCGGAAAUUUCCCGAAUCUUCGAUAUCCGGAAAUGCUGUCCCGGCGACGAGGCUGUUUACGACGUGGACAAAAAGUUCUGCGCCAGAAGAGCAGCUGCAUCGCGAGGAGUAGAGGAUGCAGGUCAUACUGCAGACCUGCGAGGCUUUAUCGCUGUUUACAAUGGACCGCCGACGUGCGAGCACGCGCUCGUCGACUAUAAACUUGGAAAGGAGGACGUUUAUUAUAACGACGACGACGAGGCUGCUGGCGGUGCUGGUGCUGUGAGCAUUACCAUACCGUGGAGCGGCUCGAACAAGAGGAACAUAACAAUCGACAGGGAUAACGCCUGCCUUGACUGGAUUUCGAGUAGCGGCGGCGGCCCUGCCGUAGUGGCGGCGCGAGUCUGCCGCGAAGCCGAUUACUGCCUGGCUAAUCCCUGCAUAAGAAAGUGCUGUCCGGAAAAUAAAAUUAAUAUCAAGUGCCGGGAUGCCGGGAGCGUCGAAAAGUUUCGCGCUUCUCUGGCAGCGGCCAACGCCAGCGGUGGAUUCGAUCCUCGAAAUUACGGGCUUCUGAUAGGUAAGCCCUGCAAGUCGUACUACGUAACCGAGCCCUCGGAGCAGUGGAGCAUAGGUCGAGAUGGCGAGUUAUUCGUCAUCCCGAAUUAUCCCGUUCACAACCACGUCAAUUCCUGCCUCGAGUUCGUCCAGAACGACACCGAUCGAGCCGACGGCAUCUAUCCCGUCGUCUGCUUCGACAACGACGAGCAUUACGUUCCUGACGCGCGCUACGAGAUAACCUCGGUUCUGGCGCUCAUCAGCAGUAUCUUCCUCCUGGCGACGCUUCUGGUCUACGUCUGCUUGCCGGGCCUGCAAAACCUCCACGGCAAGACCCUCAUGUGUCACGUGACCAGUCUGCUGUUCGCCUAUGGCUUUCUGGGAAUCACCGGACUCCUUACCCACACCGUCUUCGAUCAGGACGGCAUCGACGAGCACGUCGUCGAUAAAGUUUGUAAAUAUCUCGGAUACGCGAUCCUCUUCUGCUUCCACGCGGCCUUCUUCUGGCUGAACGUCAUGUGCUUCGACAUCUGGUGGACCUUCGGAGGUAUGCGGGGACAGUCGUCGGCGGCGUCUAAGCGCCGUCAGCAACGCCAGAGGUUCCUGGCCUACUGCGGCUACGCCUGGGGUCUGGCCUUCGUCCUCACGAGUAUAGCGGCCACAGUCGAGCUUACCGGCCUACUCGACUCCUCCGUCGGACGCGAGAGAUGCUGGUUCGCUUCGCACUCCAUCGGUGGAAUAGUCUUCUUCGCCAUCCCGGUGAGUUUAACCCUGCUGAUGAACGUCGUCUUCUUCGCCAUCACCUCCCACCGCUGCAGUAAGAUCAAGGCCGACAUUAAACGCGCGAUGACCGGCGUCAAGGAUCCGAGCAGCAGGAAAUUCCACUCCGACAAGACGAGGUUAAUAAUGAACCUGAAGCUCUUCGUGGUGAUGGGCAUCCCGUGGAUACUCGAGAACGUACCGGUCUACCUCAGCUACUACGGCAGCUUUCCUCUCUGGGCACAGGAGGUCUUUUACGUGGCCGACGUAGUCAACUCGCUCCAGGGACUAUGGAUCUUCGUGCUGUUCGUCCUGAAACCUAAGGUCUUUCGAGCGCUUCGUAAACGAUUCGAGACCGGCCCCUCGAAGGGCAACAACAUGAGCAAGAGCUGCAGCGCCAACAAGCUCAACGUCGUUCAUCAGAUGGGAAACGUGAGGAAAAGCUCGAGCACCAGCACCAUCACCUCGAACUUCGUCGUCAGCUCGAGCGCGUAUAACUGAGUGGGGAAAUGUUCGAUGUUUUUUUUUUCUUUGUAUAUAUGGUGUACUUUCUAGAGGUGUAAUCGUAUUUUCUAAUAUUUAUUAAAUAAAACAUGCACAAGCUUUCAUUCGUAAUAAAAA